CCGUGUCAGAUCCGGAGGCGGAUGAAAGUUUUGUUUUCCUGUGAAUCCUUGACCUCUGCUCUGCGCAGGCUCUGGGGCAGGAGUUGUCGCCGGUACCAUCCAGGAGAUCGGAUGAUUUAUGUCGCAGAGCGGACGGCCGGGUCCCUCGUAUAAAUUCCAAUAAUCGCGCUCAGUUGUGCAAUUGUCUAAUACCGUAUAGAGCGACCGCUCCGAAGCCGAACCGAUUGUGUGAUGUAGAAGGUAUUACUACUCCUCAAGCUGUUAGAAUUUCCAUUAUUCAAUGUGGCGACAUUACGCUCCUGCUAUGGCGGUCACCCAGCUUUUCCAGGCUCCUGGACACUAAAUGCACAAGUAGGGAAACCACGGUGAGAAAAUGACUGGAGAGAAGUGAAUGGGUUAACGCAGCGGCCGGCUUAGGUCUGGUGUGAGGAUAAUAGUCCUGUCAGUCUUGUCUUGGGAUCACCUGUGAUCUGGGAGGCAGAUCCUAAGACGUGGCCUGAGAAGACUCCAGGAUUGUCACCGAUACGUCAUGUUCCCCACGUGGCAUCGGCUUUUGGAUUCCCUCCCGAACCGCCCUUGCCUGGACGUGCGGCGUAAAGAAGAAGGUGAUGGCGAGAUCCCAGCCAAAGUCCUGGUGGAUUAUUCCAUGGAGCGACGCAGAAAGCAGAAGAUGCUGUGCAGCCAGCUGCAAGUCCUGCGCUUCCUUCUUGAAUUCAUAAAAGAAGCGGACAUUGUCAACUGGGAGGAGACCAACCCAGAGUUACUGAAUCAAGAGGUGGAAGAGGUUAAACAGAAGUGGAAGUCUCUGAAAUCUCAGUACCAGGAGAAGGUGAAUGAAGUGGAAGAGAUCAUCCCUCAGCUCCUGGAGAAGAUUCAGCUUGUACAUGAGAAGAAGACUCAGCUGGAGGAGACUCUGCAAAGGUACCACACUCAGAAACUGAUUGCAGAGGAGAAGGCCAAGGAAAGGCAGCAGCAUUUGCAGGAUGUUUUCCAAAAGCAGCAGCUGGUGGUACAAAAAUGUCAGGUUCAGAUAGAGCAGCUGAAAGAUGAGCUGCAGAAACUGGAGCAGUCUGUAGAUUGCUGGAUCCAGACUGUGAGCAGGGACUCCACAUUUGUAGGUAUCCUGCAUGCUCAGCAGGUAGUCUCCUUGGUGUCUAUUGGGGAGAAGGAACUUGCUCUAGAUUUAAAUGUCAGUGAGAAGACACAGAUCGCACCAUUAAGGGUCAACCUGCAUUGGACAUCUGAGGAAGAAUUUCAGGUGGAGACUGAAGACCCAGUGCUUCGGCUACCUCCCGAACUGCAGCGUGGUGCUACGACACAUAUCACUCCUGUCAUCCUGGAGCUGCAGUGUUGGUACCAGAGCCAUGCCAGACUUCUGGUGGAGCUGAAAAAAAUACAAGAGCGGUUUCCCAUUGACUGGCUUCCUAACGAGAGGAAGAUUCUCUUUUUGAAAGGGAACAAGCAGCACAGCCUGGUGAUUGAACCAGGUUACCCAGUGAGCGGAGGCGUCCGACUGCUGGGAGGAGAACCAUGUAACUCUUCUGACAACUUCAAGCCCCCUGCUGAGAACCCAUCGCUGAGUGACUGGCUGGAAUACCUGCAUAGCAAUCCCAACUUCAGUACCUGAUGAAAUCCCUGCAGUCCAGAAGGAUGUGCCAUCGUCAGUGGCCCAAACCUGAGUAUAGAAGCCGUCGUACAGUACAAGGUGCCUCUUGAUAUGCAAACUGUAUCACAGCUGGCGUGAAGAUCUGGCCUAGUGCACAUACAAUACACUUCCGUUCUGUUUAUUGCUUCAACAAAUAUGUUAUUUUCUGCAUGCUGAGCAGAACAGCACAACUGGGCAGCAGGACAGCAGAUCGGCUCCCACUGCACGGUUCAGCCUCAGAAAAUACAAGGAGCCGAGAUUUACAACUGAGGUCGUGCCAGCGUAUAAUGGGACCUGUGCCAGGCAGGAGAACUUUCUAGACUUGUGUUACAUGCUCAAUAAAUUUGCCUGCCUGACUG